UGUAUUAGCAGGCAGCUCCUUCCAAAUAUCUUUAAAAGUCUCAACAAAAAGCUCCAAGUUCUAUUGCAUCAAUGGCAUCUCUGCAAUGCAACAAACCAGCUGACCAUGACCAGCAGAAGCAUGACCAACAACAUCACCAUUGCUUCGGCGGCCACGUCUCCGACAAGAUCAAAGGCGUCUUCAAAGGCCACCAUCACGGCCAGGCUCCACUGGCAUCAGCGCCGGUGCACCACUCUGCCAAUGCCAGCCACUGCAAGCCAACUGGGUCAAAGAAGAAGAAGGAACAUCACAAGAAUAAAGAAGGGGGUUUGUUGCAUAAAAUCAAGGAUGCCUUUUCUGACCACAGCAGCGAUAGUAGCGACAGUGAAAAUGAAUGUGACAAACCCCAUCAUAACAAGAAGAACUGAAAGGGAGAGAAGGAAGGUGAAUGGAUUGAAGGAACAAUGUGGAUGCCUCCAAACUACUACUACUAAGAAUUUGAGUGAAGCAAAGAUAAAGAUGCACAAUAUAGAAUAAAGAUGAUAAUUUACGAGACUUCAAUUCUACCUAUUUUCCUUGUUUGAAAUAAAGCUUCUGUAUUCCUAUCUUUGUCAUCAAUAUGAAAAGUAUGUUAUAAACUAGAUCAUUGUGUGUGAAUUCAAACAAUACACAUAAGCACACAAAUAUUAUCUA